AGAAGAACAUUGUUCCCAAAAAAAAAUCGCAAGGGGAUCACGUUUUCAUCGGCGCUUUCGCCCACUCAUCAAUGGCAGCUCUCCUCCUCACCUCCCCCCCUACUUUCCUCCCCCCGAUUCUUUCCUCCAAAAAAUCGCCGAUCAAUUCAUUCUCACCGGCGACUAAAUCCUCGCCCUCUCCAUCUUCUUCUUGUUCUCGGAUCUUAUCCCCCCUCUUCGCAUCCACUACUACCCCUUCUGUACACGCGUUGAGAUGCCGGGUUCGUUAUCGGGUCGGGUCCUGGAGAUGCGGGGCUCUAGGAGAAGGAUCCGAAAGGGCCUUUAACGAUGAGAAAACUGUAUAUAGUGGAGUUUACGGCCCAUGGACGGUAGAGCCUUCUGAUGUCCGCGAGGUCAUCUUGUAUAGAUGCGGGUUGGUGACUGCUGCUGCUUCAUUCGUACUAGCGUCUUCUGCUGCUUUCUUGCCUGAAGGCAACGCUUUGGGUGACAUACUCAAGCAAGACAUUGACUUCUUAUAUCUUCUUGGAGCUAGUGGACUAGGUUUAUCAUUGUUUUUAAUUCAUAUUUAUGUGACUCCAAUUAAACGUUUCCUCCAAGCAUUAUGGGCGGUUGGUGUUGCUGGGUCCAUUGCAACAUAUCUGAACCUUGCUCGACCUCUUGAAGAGAGCUUGAUACAAUAUGUCAUAGAUAACCCAAUUGCUAUAUGGUUUGUUGGUCCUCUCUUUGCUGCAUUGACUGGUCUCGUCUUUAAAGAAGGUCUUUGUUAUGGGAAGUUGGAAGCUGGCAUUCUGACAUUCAUCAUCCCAGGCCUCCUCCUUGGGCAUCUGACAGGAUUAAUGGACAACGGCACAAAACUUAGUCUAUUGGGCAUCUGGAUGGCUCUCUUUGUAGUAUUUGCAGCUAGGAAGUUUCAGCAGCCAAUUAAGGAUGACAUAGGCGACAAAUCCGUGUUCAUGUUCAAUGCUCUUCCAGAAGAAGAAAAGAAAGCCUUAGUCCAGAAACUCGAGCAGCAAAGUUAUCAGGAGCUCGACUGAUAAUUUUGUACUGAGCAAGAUCUUCUUGAUAUAUGAAGGGGGAUGCAUAUGAUGAGUUUCAGGAGCUCAAUACACCAGAAGCUGCAUUUAUCUGCAGCUUCAUAAAAGUUGCCCCUGAAAGUAUAAGCUGUGAACUGAGGGUUGACUGGUUUAUUAGCAUGAUUCAGAUGUGCUCACCGUUUUGUUUCGGACUGUAACACAGCUGUAUAGUCACUUCAUAUAUACCUCUAGGUGUUAUUAUAUAUUUGCAUAGUUUUGAAGUAGAUGAUUAAAUUGUCAGAGGAUGUCAAUAGAAUUUUCAGAGUUUUAUAUGAUGUCAUAAGUUUGCCGGUUAAUGAAACAGGCAAGGAUAAGAUUACACCUUAAAUUUGUUAGUCCAUGAAUUAUAA